AUGUUCUCAACAUCGAGGAGCGUUGAUUACGAAGCACGUUUGGGCGUCGCGCUUCAGGUGCCGGACGAAAUUCCGUCUUUUAUCCCCGUGCCGUCCGCCAACGUCAUCGUUGUCGGCAGUCUGACUUCUCCAUCAACGUGUGAGAGGCAACUCCUGGCAUCAAGAUACUCCCUCAAGAAGACCGCGAAGAUGUCUCCAUCUAGCACCAGCCAUGAUUUUGCUGAGAAAGACGGCCAAUUUCGUCGGAAACCCUCAGCGUUCCGUAGCUUCAUUUCUUCUGAUCCAAAUUCGGAGUUCCCAGCAGAGAAAGAUCGAUACGCCCUUUACAUCCACAUGGGCUGUCCUUGGGCGCAUCGCACGAACUUAGUGCGCAGUUUGAAAGGACUUGAGCAGGUUGUGCAGUUGAUUGUGUGGGAUACCUCUCUGGUACAUGAGAAGAAGGGAUGGGGUAUGUCCGGCAAACCCGGGUUCGAGAAAGAGCCACUCUAUGGUUAUACAAACUUGAGGCAGCUGUACGAAAGGGCCAAUCCGGACUACGAAGGGCGUUACCUCGUCCCAACGCUGUGGGAUAAGAAAAGACAGACAAUUGUAAACAACGAGUCUAGUGAGAUCAUCCGGAUGUUUUAUACCAAGUUCGAUGCGCUCAUCCCAGAACAUCUCCGAGAGUCGAGUAAGGGCGACAAAGCUAUCUUGCCAGACCACUUGCGCAAGGAUAUCGACGCCAUGAACGAGUGGGUGUACGAUACCAUUAACAAUGGCGUAAGCAAUAUCCCUGUGCGAACUGCAUAUGAAACAUACACUGAAUUCAUGAAUCUACAUCAGGUAUAUAAGACUGGUUUUGCGCAGAGUCAGGAGGCAUACGAAGAGCACGUCUACCCCGUUUUCGAGUCUCUCGAUCGGUUGGAGGAACACCUUUGUCAAUCAGGCCACGGACCGUAUUUGUUCGGCGAUCACAUCACUGAGGCAGAUAUUAGGUUGUAUCCCACACUCAUCAGAUUCGAUGUUGCAUACUUCACAAUCUUCAAAUGCAACCUAAAGAUGAUCCGGUAUGAAUACCCGCAGCUUCACGAUUGGCUGCGCAGGUUGUACUGGGAUGAGAGUGAAGCGACAAACUACGGUGCUUUCAAGAAGACAGUUGACUUUCAAGCGUACAAGGAAGGAUACUCGAAUGCUACGAAGGCGAAGAUCGUACCUGCAGGACCCAAACCUGAGAUCAUGCCCUUAUAG